UUGCGCAGCCAGAGAUUUAUUAUCCUUAAUUAGGAUUCAGAAGAAAAUAUGAACUUCCCAAGCCUGCUGGUGUUAACAAUUUCCCUGCAUUUAGUUCUUUGUAAGCUCGUACCUUCGUCAGAUUCAGCAGCUUUAGAGAACAGCAGGGCAAAUGAAAGUUAUUCUAACACAACCACCGAUCAUUUGGCAAAUGAUCUCGACAUGGAGGAGGAUUAUGAUUUUGUUUUGAACCUGGACGAGCAAGCAGACUUGGACCGCUUACUAUCAUUGCUCUCCCGCUCAGGACCAGCGAAACAUGCUGACGAGACGAGCGUGGGGGUUUCGUCUACUUUCAUCGACAGUCACUACGAGCAGCUCGACAAACUUGCGCGCCCUCCCAACUCCCUGCCGUCCGCAGACUCGCCACAUCACGCCGACGUACGAGGAAACGACACUCCUAAACACACGGAAGAAAUCGACCCCGAGCAAAAGAAGCUUGAGGAUCUUUACUUCAAGGACUUCGCCCCGGACUCCGAGGCGCAUAGUUCCGAGGCAUAGUAGUAGUUUACCCUCCAACCAGCAGCUCCAUCGCCAUCUGCCCCGCCUCGAUAUCAAUAACAUUAUUAAUAUUACACUUUCUUUAAAGUAUUUAGUCAAAAUUUUCGCCAGUAAUUAAGAUUUAGC